ACAGUUACACUCCAAACGAGUUUCACAAGCAGCUUCAGACUCCAUUCACACUCCAAAUCUUGCUCCUCAGCGCCACAUUCUUCCAUCACCGCUGUUCCAUAACCACAGUCAUCCACCGCAUUCUUCCAUCAUCAACACCUUUGGGACUUCCAUCACUCUCGUCGUUGUCAAUCAUCACUCUCGUGAUUGGUCAUGUCGUCCUCUUACAGAAGAGCAGAUAACAUAUGCAGCUAUGGAUGCUCAUUGCUUGGUUGAAAUAUUUAACGUCUUCAAUUCAAAAGUUGCCAAUACAGAUCCUUAAAGAUAGACGGUUGAAUGAGACUGCCAUUCUUGGUGUCCCUGUGAAAGCCACAAUCAAAGAGAGCCAUUUUCUUAUUGAUGACGAUGAUGAGGAGUUUUUUUGGAAGGCUUUUAAAUAUAGGACAAGUAAGCGAUUUAGCCAAAUGAUGUCGGAUAUUCGUGAGGGUGUGGAUACAACCCACGAAUGGCUAAUUCCUGCUUACAAAAAGGUGUUGGAAAAGUACUGGGAAAUGGAUGAGAAAUGGAAAAAUAUAAGGAAAAAAGCGAGGGAGAAUCGAGCGUCACUCUUAGGUGGUUCUGUCCAUUGCGGUGGUUCUAUUCCACUGAGCUCAACUAUAGAGAGGAUGAAGAAGCAGUUAGACCGUACACCAACUCAUGAGGAAGUCUUCAAGGAAACCCACACACUUAAAAGUGACAAGUCUAAAUGGGUGGACAAACGCUCUCAAGACACUCAUGAGAAGUUUAUAAAAAAGUUAGCAGAAGUUCAGGCCCAACAUGUCGAGGCUCAAGCACAAGGAAUGGAGCUACCACCAAUUGAUGAAGACUUGAUUUGGGAGGAAGUGUGUGGUGGGCAAAAGAAGAAUCGAGUUUACGGAAAAGGAGCAUUCUUUUCUAGCUCUAUUAAGUCUAGAAUCACUUCUGCCAACUCUGUAUCUGGAAGAGCAUCUACAAAUCAAAAUUCUGUUCCUGAUUUGCGAGAACAGAUUCAUAAUCUCAAUGAAGAGCUUUUUCAACGUGUUACUCAACAAACAGAUGAGUGUAUUAGUAAGUUGUUAGAUACACGCUUGGCUCUUUUGGAAAAGACUCAAAAGAAGUUAGAAAAGUUAGAACGGGCAAUUGGAAAGGCCAAGAAGGAAAAGCUGAAAACAGAAGAGAUGGAAUGAGGCUUAUGUUAGCUAUUACAAGAAGGUUAGAGCGUCAAGUAGUUCCACUACUGCUCCACCGCCACUGCCACUGCCGCCACCUUCAAUCUCUUCGGAUGAAGACUAUGAUGAUGAUGGGGAUGAAGAUGACACUGAGGACUAUAGUUGAUAAAUUUAGUAUGGUUGAACAAUAUACUAAGGAUUAUAGUUGAUAAUACACUUUGUUUAUGUCUUGAAUUAUAUUGACUUGCUUGUUU